UCUCACAUUCAGACAUCAAAAUCUAAGCAACCUCACUUGAUUUUGAAGCUCCAGCUGGACCAACACUCCCAAAAUGAAGGCUUUCACUCUUGCGGUUGCUGUGGCCAUCAUGGUGACUGUCAUCGGGAUCCAUGAGGGAUCCGCUGACCUGAUCAUUGAAGGUGCUGAACUGAUGGAUGGACUGGCCAAUGGCAGCCCAAUCGCUGAAGGUGAAGACAUGCCAGCGGACUCCUGGAAGAUGCCAUAUGAGAGAGCUCAGGCACAACGCCGUCGCUGCCGAUUGUGCUGUCGUUGCUGCCCUGGAAUGAGAGGCUGUGGCAUCUGCUGCAGAUUCUAAAAAAAAAAGUCUGAAAACAGCAAGAAGAUACAUCAACUACAGGAACAAAAUACAGAAAUUCUUAACAUUUGGUUAUUUUUAAAUGUAGUUGAAUAUAUCAUUGCUUUUUAAGGAUCGAAGUUGUUUUGACGCUUUCAGUGUAAUGCUUAUGUAUUUUGUUUUACUUUGGCAUUCAAAUUAUUUGCAAAUAUCCAAAAAGUACACACCAAAAGGUGUUACCAGAGUAAACUGUAUUGUUAAUGCUUUAAAAGUAUAACAAUGAUGUUUGGACUCAGUGUUUGGAUAAUAAAUGUGUUAACUUGAUCCAAGGAAUAACUUUUGUUGUCAUAAUAAAUCAUACCCACCAAUUAA